GAUAGUGUAGUUUUGGUGUGCUAUCGUAGAAACUUCCAAAAAGUAUCGAAAAAAUUGCAAUCGAAGAGUGCACACAUAGUGAUAGUGCAUUUUUACCAAUAGCCCGUGCAGUUUGACUAGUCCGACGCUUCAUCGACAACCAUCGUCUGGUUGAACUUCUCCCCGGGGGGUUAGAAGCUGUGUGACCGAAAAUAGCGUAAACAGUCGACCCUCGUUGGUCUUUCCAGGCUCGAGACUGUACUCAGGCAUGGUUCCUCUCGGUGGGCCCGUGGGCCACGGUGGCCACCCGAUCCACAUACCAACUCCAAUACAAAAUGCCCCUCCGCCUUCACAAAGCCAGCAUACACCUUCCAGCCAAAACCGGCAGUCGCUAUCAGUGAAACCAAACUAUACGCUAAAAUUUACUCUCGCCGGCCACACGAAGGCGGUGUCGGCAGUUAAGUUCAGCCCUAACGGGGAAUGGCUGGCAAGCUCGUCUGCCGAUAAACUGAUCAAAAUCUGGGGUGCGUACGAUGGCAAGUUUGAGAAAACGAUCUCCGGCCACAAGCUCGGGAUCAGUGAUGUUGCUUGGUCGAGCGAUAGCAGAUUGCUAGUGACGGCUAGUGAUGAUAAGACGCUGAAAAUUUGGGAGCUCAGCUCGGGCAAAUGUCUCAAGACGCUCAAAGGGCACACCAACUACGUGUUCUGCUGUAACUUCAAUCCGCAGAGUAAUUUGAUCGUAUCCGGGAGCUUUGACGAAUCGGUACGCAUCUGGGACGUCCGGACGGGCAAGUGCUUGAAAACGCUACCGGCCCAUUCCGAUCCGGUUUCGGCGGUUCAUUUCAAUCGCGAUGGUUCGCUGAUCGUUUCGUCCAGCUAUGAUGGGCUUUGCCGAAUUUGGGACACGGCCAGCGGCCAGUGUCUGAAGACGCUGAUCGACGACGACAAUCCACCGGUUUCGUUCGUAAAGUUCUCGCCCAACGGGAAGUAUAUCCUGGCAGCCACGCUCGACAACACGCUCAAGCUUUGGGACUACUCGAAGGGCAAGUGUCUGAAGACGUACACCGGGCAUCGGAACGAGAAGUACUGCAUUUUCGCCAACUUUUCCGUCACCGGCGGCAAGUGGAUCGUGUCGGGAAGUGAGGACAAUAUGGUGUACAUCUGGAACCUGCAGAGCAAGGAGAUUGUGCAGACGCUCCAGGGCCAUACCGACACGGUGCUGUGUACUGCGUGCCACCCGACGGAGAAUAUUAUUGCCUCCGCCGCGCUCGAGAAUGAUAAAACUAUAAAGCUUUGGAAGAGCGAUACGUAAAGGGUCUAUUAAGUGUAAAGUAUCGUAAUGCGCGAAAAGCAAGUAACAAAUAUCAACAUCAAUUUUAAAGAUCCCAAUAGUUUUAGAAUAUUUCAACUUGGCGUGACGUAAUAAAAAGCUUGGUAUCGUAAAUG